AUGGAGGUGCUUCAGUGCGAUGGCUGUGACUUCAGAGCCCCGUCCUAUGAAGAUCUCAAGGCGCACAUCCAGGAUGUCCACACGGCAUUCCUGCAGCCCACCGAUGUCGCCGAAGACAGCGCGAAUGAGCCCCGAUCCGGGUCCAUGAAUGCCAGUAAUCAGACGGAGGUGGAGUUCUCGUCUAUAAAGGAUGAAUUUGGGAUCGCAGAGGAUUUAUCAGGUCAAAAUGCAACCACAUUGGGGACCGGAGGUUACUAUGGCCACAGUCCAGGAUAUUACGGUCAGCACGUCACCCCUAGUCCCAAACCAACGAGCAAGUUUUUCCAAUGCAAGUUCUGCAUACGCUACUUCAGGUCCAAAAACCUCCUCAUUGAACACACGAGGAAGGUUCAUGGGGCGCAGGCUGAAGGGAGUUCGGCGGGAUCCCCCCUUCCGGGGUCCAUAAACUACAACAUCAUGAUGCACGAGGGGUUUGGAAAGGUCUUCUCCUGCCAGUUUUGCACGUACAAGUCACCACGGAGGGCAAGGAUCAUGAAGCACCAGAAGAUGUAUCACAAAAACAGCUUGAAGGAGAUCGCCGCUCUCCCUCCCGCCCCUGUCCCCAUGCCCGACCCCGUGAUCCCGCCCGUGUCCCUGCAGGACCCCUGCAAGGAGCUGCCCGCUGAGGUGGUGGAGCGCAGCAUCCUGGAGUCCAUGGUCAAGCCCCUGACCAAGUCCCGGGGCAACUUCUGCUGCGAGUGGUGCAGCUACCAGACACCGCGCCGGGAACGGUGGUGCGACCACAUGAUGAAGAAGCACCGCAGCAUGGUCAAGGUCCUCUCCAACCUCAGACAGGACGGGACGGGUCUCCCCGACCUGCCCAAGAACGAGCCCAGCCCCACGUCCAACUCCUCCACCUACCUGUCCAUGAACGCUGCCAGCCGGGAGGUGCCCAACGCCAGUGUCCCCAGCUUCAGGGGCUCCGUCAGCAAUUCCAUCCUGAGGCCCAACUCCUCGUCCGCCUCCAAGUACUCGCCCCUGUCCUACCCGCCGAUGAAGCCGAAGUCACCUCACAACUCGGGCCUCGUUAACCUGGCGGAAAGGUCCCGCUACGGGAUGGCCGACAUGACGAAUUCCCCCGCCGACCUGGAGACGAACAGCAUGCUGAAUGACUCUAGUUCCGAGGAAGAGCUCAACGAGCUGGACAGCGAGAACGGCCUCAACGCCAUGGACCACCAGGCGUCGGGCCUGUCCGCCGAGCAGCUCAUGGGCUCCGACGGCCACAAGUUGCUGGAGACCAAGGGGAUCCCCUUCCGGAGGUUCAUGAACAGGUUCCAGUGCCCCUUCUGCCCUUUCCUCACCAUGCACCGCCGCAGCAUCUCCCGGCACAUAGAGAACAUCCACCUGUCCGGCAAGACGGCGGUGUACAAAUGUGACGAGUGUCCGUUUACUUGCAAGAGCUCGCUCAAGCUGGGGGCCCACAAACAGUGUCACACGGGUACGACGUCCGACUGGGAUGCCCUGAACUCCCAGAGCGAGAGCAUCGCCGCCUCCAUGAACGAAGGGGUCGUGUCGUACGAGAGCCCGAGCAUCAACGGCAGGAAAUCGGGAGUCCUGCUGGACUCCCUGCAGCAGCCGCCGCCGCCGCCCCCGCCCCCGCCGCCACCGCCGCCUCCAUCGCAGCCUCAGCAGCUGCCGCCACCGCAUCAGCUGCCCCCCCAGCCCCAGCCCCCGCCGCCGCAGCCCCCCGUGCCAGCCCCGCCCCUGCACCCGUACAAGUGCACCAUGUGUAACUACUCCACCACCACUCUGAAAGGGCUACGCGUCCAUCAGCAGCACAAGCACUCCUUCUGCGACAACUUGCCAAAAUUCGAGGGGCCGCCCCCCGGCCUCCCGUUGGAAAGCGAGGCGGACGGCCACCCCUCUUCCAGCAACACUGUGAAGAAAAGCCAGACCUCAAUCCUCGGGUUGUCCUCCAAGAACAACUUCGUGGCCAAGGCCCCCCGAAAGCUGGCCAGCGACUUCCCCCUCGACCUGUCGCCCGUGAAGAAGCGGACGAGGAUCGACGAGAUCGCGAGCAACCUGCAGAGCAAGAUCAACCAGAGCAAGCAGCUGGAGGAUGCCGUGAUCAACGUCGAGGACGACGAGGAGGAGAUGGAGGAAGACCACGAGGUGGAGAUCGAGGUGGAGCUGGACCGGGAGGAGGAGCCGCCGGAGCCCCCGGUCCUGGAGGUGCCCCCGCCCUUCGCCUCGCAGCCCAUCUGGGUGCGGGACGCGGGCGGCGAGCCCCAGAAGGAGCCCCCCGGCUUCCGAAGCAUCAGCCACGACUACAGCGCCACCAACGGGGCCGAGAUCGAGCUCACGCUCUCCGAGGACGAGGAGGACUACUACGGCUCCUCGGCGAACCUGAAGGAUCACCAGCUCCCCGGCACCGCUCUGCUCAACGCCCAGGUCCCCCUGUACGGCCCCGAGCACAACAGCGAGAGCACGGACUUCGGCGACUCCGGGAGGCUCUACUAUUGCAAACACUGUGACUUCAACAACAAGUCCGCCCGGAGCGUCAGCACCCACUACCAGCGGAUGCACCCGUACAUCAAGUUCAGCUUCAGGUACAUCCUGGACCCCAACGACCACAGCGCAGUGUACCGGUGCCUGGAGUGCUACAUCGACUACACCAACUUCGAGGACCUGCAGCAGCACUACGGGGAGCACCACCCCGAGGCCAUGAACGUCCUCAACUUCGACCACUCGGACCUGAUCUACCGGUGUCGCUUCUGCUCCUACACGAGCCCCAACGUCCGGAGCCUGAUGCCGCACUACCAAAGAAUGCACCCCACGGUGAAGAUCAACAACGCCAUGAUCUUCUCCAGCUACGUGGUGGAGCAGCAGGAGGGGCUGAGCGCCGAGUCCCAGACGCUGAGGGAGAUCCUCAACUCGGCGCCCAAGACCCUGGGCACGUCCACGCCCGUGGCGGCUCGCGGCGGCAGCGGCCUGGCCUUCGGCAAGGGCACCCCCCCCAAGACCUUUCCUCCAGAAUGUGAAAACCAGAAGGACCCCUCCAUGAGCACCGUGGUCGUCUACGACUGCGACGUGUGCUCCUUCGCCAGCCCCAACAUGCACUCUGUCCUGGUCCACUACCAGAAGAAGCACCCCGAGGAAAAGGCCUCCUACUUUAGGAUCCAGAAAACCAUGCGCAUGGUGUCUGUGGACAGGGGCGCCGCCCUUGCCCAGUUGUCCUUUGAGGUGGGUGCUCCCAUGUCUCCCAAAAUGUCCACCAUGGGUUCCCCGCCUCCCCCCCCGCCGCCCCCGCCACCAGACCUCAGCACUGAGCUUUACUACUGCAAACACUGCUCCUACAGCAAUCGGUCCGUUGUGGGAGUGCUUGUCCACUACCAGAAAAGACACCCCGAGAUAAAGGUCACUGCCAAGUACAUCAGGCAGGUCCCCCCCACGGCCGCCGUGCUGAGGGGGGCCGAGGGGCCCCAGGGCUCCCCGCGGCCGCCCGCCUCCAUGCCGCCCCUGGGCGGCCGCGGCGGCGGCAGCUCAGAGAGAGAUGGCCCCCCGGCGGCAGCGGAGACCGAGAUGUUCUUCUGCCAGCACUGUGAUUACGGGAACCGGACAGUCAAAGGGGUACUCAUCCACUACCAGAAGAAGCACCGGGACUUCAAGGCCAACGCCGACGUGAUCCGGCAGCACACGGCCACCAUCCGGAGCCUCUGCGACCGGAACCAGAGGAAGCCCGCCGCCGCCGCUGGCUGCGUGCUGGCCGCCCCCUCGGGCGCCGCGGAGCGGGACAAGGCGAAGCUGCGCGCCCUCAAGUGCAGGCAGUGCUCCUACACCUCCCCCUACUUCUACGCCCUGAGGAAGCACACCAAGAAGGACCACCCCGCCCUCAAGGCCACGGUCACGUCCAUCAUGCGGUGGGCCUUCCUGGACGGCUCCAUCGAGGCCGGCUACCACUGCGAGUGGUGCAUCUACUCGCACACGGAGCCCAGCGGCCUGCUCCUGCACUACCAGCGGAGGCACCCCGAGCACUACGUGGACUACACCUACAUGGCCACCAAGCUGUGGGCCGGGCCGGACCCCUCCCCGCCCUCCCUCCUGAUGCCCGCCGAGGCCAAGACCUACCGCUGCCGGGACUGCGUCUUCGAAGCCAUCUCCAUCUGGGACAUCACCAACCACUACCAGGCGUUCCACCCGUGGGCCAUGAACGGGGACGAGUCCGUGCUGCUGGACAUCAUCAAGGAGAAGGACGAGAACCCCCUGCCGCCGUCCGACGACCUGGCGGGCCCCGUGAACUGCGAGGGCGGCCUGCCCGCCCCCCUCGCCGCCGAGCAGGACGCGGAGUGCCCCGAGGACGCCCGCCUCUCCCCCGAGAAGGGGCUCCAGCUCUCCUCCGCCAACCCCGCCAUCAGCUCCACGCCGUACCAGUGCACCGUGUGCCAGUCCGAGUACAACAACCUGCAUGGCCUGCUGACCCACUACGGCAAGAAGCACCCGGGCAUGAAGGUGAAGGCCGCCGACUUCGCCCAGGACGUCGACAUCCACCCGGGCGCCGUCUACAAGUGCCGGCACUGCCCCUACAUCAACACCCGCAUCCACGGCGUCCUCACCCACUACCAGAAGCGGCACCCGGCCGUCAAGGUGACCGCCGAGGACUUCGUGCACGACGUGGAGCAGCCGGCCGACCUGGCCCAGAGCGACGUGGAGGAGACGAGCCGCAUCUUCAAGCAGGGCUUCGGCGCGUACCGCUGCAAGCUGUGCCCCUACACGCACGGCACGCUGGAGAAGCUCCGGAUCCACUACGAGAAGUACCACAACCAGCCCGAGUUCGACGUCUUUUCCCCGUCGCCCCCCAAGCUGCCGCUGUCCCUCGCCGAGCCCGAGAUCACCACCACCGCCGCCGCUGCCGCCGCCUCCGCCGAGGCGAGCCCCUCCCAGGUCUCCGCUGCCGAGGAGGAGGUGGGGGGCGAGGAGCCUGUGCCCGCCGCGCACUUCUCUACCUCGCACCUGGCCUCGCACACGGUGUUCCGGUGCCAGCUCUGCAAGUACUUCUGCUCCACGCGCAAGGGCAUCGCCCGGCACUACCGCAUCAAGCACAACAACGUGCGCGCCCAGCCCGAGGGCAAGAACAACCUCUUCAAGUGCGCCCUGUGCUCCUACACCAACCCCAUCCGCAAGGGGCUGGCGGCCCACUACCAGAAGCGCCACGACAUCGACGCCUACUACACCCACUGCCUGGCCGCCUCCCGCACCAUCAGCGACAAGCCCAGCAAGGUCAUCAUCCCGUCGCCGCCCAAGGACGACUCCCCGCAGCUCAGCGAGGAGCUGCGGCGGGCGGUGGAGAAGAAGAAGUGCUCCCUCUGCUCCUUCCAGUCCUUCAGCAAGAAGGGCAUCGUGUCCCACUACAUGAAGCGCCACCCGGGGGUCUUCCCCAAGAAGCAGCACGCCAGCAAGCUGGGGGGCUACUUCACGGCCGUGUACGCCGACGAGCCCGAGAAGCCGGCGCCCCCGCUGCCUCUGCCGUCGGAAGAGGAGGAGAGGGGCGGCCCGGAGAGAGCCGCCGAGGUGGAGGGGGGAGGAGGAGGAGGCGGCGAGGCGCAGGAGAUGGAGUGGCUGCCGUUCCGCUGCAUCAAAUGCUUCAAGCUGUCCUUCAGCACGGCCGAGCUGCUGUGCAUGCACUACACCGACCACCACAGCCGGGACCUCAAGAGGGACUUCGUCAUCCUGGGAGGCGGCGGCGGCGGCGGCGGCCCCCGGCCGCAGGGCGCCGCCUACCAGUGCAAGCACUGCGACAGCAAGCUGCAGAGCACCACCGAGCUGACCUCGCACUUGAGCGUUCACAAUGAGGAAUUCCAGAAGCGUGCCAAGCGUCAGGAGAGGAGGAAACAGCUUUUGAGCAAGCAGAAAUAUGCAGAUGGUGCUUUUGCAGAUUUCAAACAAGAGAGGCCUUUUGGUCACUUAGAAGAGGUGCCAAAGAUCAAGGAGCGGAAGGUGGUGGGCUACAAGUGUAAAUUCUGUGUGGAAGUGCACCCGACGCUCCGGGCCAUCUGCAACCACCUGCGGAAGCACGUCCAGUACGGCAGCGUCCCCGCCGUGUCCGCCGUGAAGCAGGAGGCUGAGGACCCUGCCCACUUGUUCCUGGACGGACUGGACGCAGCCAAAGAUGGGCUGCGUUCUCACGAGAGGAGCCACCUGGCCCUGGCCAUGUUCGCCCGCGAGGACAAGUACAGCUGCCAGUAUUGCUCCUUUGUCUCCGCAUUCAGGCACAAUUUGGAUCGCCAUAUGCAAACCCACCACGGACACCAUAAACCAUUCCGAUGCAAACUCUGCUCCUUCAAGUCCUCCUACAACAGCCGCCUAAAAACACACCUACUCAAAGCUCAUGCUGGUGAACAUGCCUACAAAUGUUCUUGGUGCUCCUUCUCCACCAUGACAAUCAGCCAGUUAAAGGAACACUCCCUCAAGGUCCACGGGAAAGCCCUGACGCUGCCCAGGCCUCGGAUCGUCAGCCUGCUCUCCUCCCACAACCACCACGCUGCCCAGAAAGCCGCACCGGCGGAAGAAGUGGAAGACUCCAAUGACUCGUCCUACUCGGAGCCCCCCGACGUGCAGCAGCAGCUGAACCACUACCAGUCGGCCGCGCUGGCAAGGAACAACAGCCGCGUCAGCCCCGGGCCGCUCUCCGGGGAGCAGAAGGCCGAGGCGGUGCUCCACUGCGAAUUCUGUGAAUUCUCCUCGGGCUACAUCCAGAGCAUCCGGCGCCACUACAGGGACAAGCACGGCGGCAAGAAGCUCUUCAAGUGCAAGGACUGCUCUUUUUACACGGGCUUCAAGUCUGCCUUUACUAUGCACGUGGAAGCUGGGCACUCAGCCGUGCCCGAGGAGGGACCCAAAGACCUGCGCUGCCCCCUCUGCCUCUAUCACACCAAAUACAAGCGCAACAUGAUCGACCACAUCGUGCUGCACCGAGAGGAGCGUGUGGUCCCCAUCGAGGUGUGCCGGUCCAAGCUGUCCAAGUACCUGCAGGGCGUGGUCUUCCGCUGCGACAAGUGCACCUUCACCUGCUCCAGCGACGAGAGCCUCCAGCAGCACAUAGAAAAGCACAAUGAACUGAAGCCGUACAAGUGCCAGCUCUGCUACUACGAGGCCAAGCACACGGAGGAGCUGGACAGCCACCUGCGGGACGAGCAUAAGGUGAGCCGGAACUUCGAGCUGGUCGGACGGGUCAACCUGGACCAGCUGGAGCAGAUGAAGGGCAAGCUGGAGAGCUCCAGCAGCGAGGACGACGACAAGGAGGAGGAAGUGGGCAAGGCCGAAGACAGAGAUCUGAUGAGGUUCGCUGACCGCGGGGCUGCCAUGAACGCUCAGAAGCGCUUUCCGUGUGAAUUCUGCGGGCGGGCGUUUUCGCAGGGCUCCGAGUGGGAGAGGCACGUGCUGAGACACGGCAUGGCGUUGAAUGACACCCAGCAGGUGAGCCGAGAAGAGAUCCAGCUACAGGAGAGCGUGCAGGACGGCGUGAAGAUGCCCUGCAUUGAGGAGAAGGAGGACGAUGUCGAGGCGCUCGGGAUGGACUUUUCCCUCAAGAGCGAGACAGUAGCCAUCUGCGUAGUGGCUGCCGACAGAUCCCUCCUGGAGGACGCCGAGGCCGAGAAGGAAUAA